AUGGGUCAGUGCACUUCCACUCCGCAAAAAUUUGUAAAACGGUUCAACCGACUCACUAGCGAGGAUCGGCGGGAAGUAAUUCGCCUGCUAAAACAGGUUUACGAUGUCAGCAUUGAGGGAAUCGCUAAAGAUUUCGCGGACAAGUGUAUAAAUACCGUAUCAGGACUGGUCGAAAACGCGCCUAUUACUCAGACAACUUGCCUGGAAUAUAGACCGUUCAAAAGGCUACCACUAAAUGGUGAUCCAAUUUUACACACGACUGGCUUUUUUUCGGAUAACGAAAGUCCUUCGCUGGAAGCGGAGCAACCAGAACCGACGAUUCCCAGUAAAACGCCCGAUGAAGUGGACAGCAUUCACGAGGAUAAGUCUGAACCUCCGAAAGCUGGGGAUGUCCAAUCUCCGACAAGGAAUUCCAACAUCUUAAAACCCGAGCCUGAUGCCAAGUCGGAGACUCAUUCAGGUCUAUCUGGUUGCACAUUUACCAUACCCCUGGAAUUCCAGGGCUUUAUGGUGGAAACUUACUGGAAUGCAGAAAAGCGUACAUCGUCUCGACAGGCAGAGGAACCUCCAGAGGUAAACAUUUCCUCCAGAACAUUUCCCACUCCGGCGGAGCGAACGCAGUUGGUGCAGUCCUGGCUUGAAAGCCAGCGACUCGAUUGCCCAGCUGCUGGUGAAGCAGUUUAA